UUUUCCAUCUUCCGUUUCCAUUGCGCACACACAGAGACAUAUUUUCAAUUCCAUGUGAGCUUCGCCUUCACCUGAAGCGUAACUUGGACACAAAGUUACAAAUGGGUAGGUAUAUGAGGAAGGCCAAAACGGCUGGUGAGGUUGCCAUCAUGGACCUCACCCUAGGCGUCCGUACACGCGCCCGAACCCUAGCUCUUCAAAAGUCUUCCAUUCCCCCUUCUCGUUCUCCCUCCACUGCUUCCUCUGCCGCCGCUGGUGGUUCUUACCUUCAGCUCAGGAGCCGCCGCCUGGAGAAGCCGCCAAUUGUCGUUAAUGAUUCUGCUAAGCGAGCGAAGCAGGGACCGGCUAAGGAAAAGGAAAACUGUGCUUCGGAGAGUCAAAAUCAGAACCCCAAUUCUAGUAAUUCGAGGGCUAGGGUGAGGGUGAGUCAGGCGGAUCCUGGGUCAAAUGGCUCUGGUCAAAAGAAUGAGAGUAAUAGUAAUGGAAAUGAAAACGUGGGGGUUGGGGUUGAAGAAGAGACCAACCAGGAUUUGGGUGUUGAAGCUUCUUUUGGGGAAAAUGCUUUGGAAAUUGAAGGAAGAGAGAGGGGCACUAGGGAAUCCACUCCAUGCAGUAUGAUAAGGCAACCAGAUUCCAUAAGAACCCCUGGUUCUACUACUAGGCCUUCUACCACUCGGCCUACUAGCUCAAUAGAGGGGAGGGGAACACGUAAUUCAACUCAGAGGCAAAUCCCAACAGCGCAUGAAAUGAAUCAGUUCUUUUUGGGUGCAGAAGAAGAGCAACAAAGACAAUUUGUAGAGAAGUACAACUUUGAUCCUGUGAAUGACAAGCCGCUCCCAGGACGCUUUGAAUGGGAGAAGGUCGACCCUUAGAAGACUAAAGUUCCAUCACGACUUAUUUUCCUGCUAAUUCUUGUUGAUCUUGAGCUUAGGAAUAUUAAAGUAGCAGGAAUUAGAUUUAGGUCUGACGUUGAUGGUGUUAUUUCGAUUUUCCAUCAUCCUUAUUUUACCUGUAAAGAAAGAGUAGGGCUGCCGAAGAUAUGUGUAGACUAAUGGUCUGUAACAUAACAGAGGUUAUGAGUUACACAACAAAUACAAACCAAAGUCCUUUGUCUAACAUAUCGUGCUGGGAAGAAGAGAAGGGAACGAGGGUUUUAGGGUUAGGUUUCAGUCAAUUAGGUCAGUCUUGUCUAUCUGGGUACAGAAAUUUACUAGAUCUUUUUACUUUUUUGUACUGUAUUUUCUUCCUUUCCUUUGUCUAUAUACUUGUACUGAUGGAACUAAAAAAAAAAAGCAUCUGGAAUAAAUGGCCCUUUUCUUCCUCUUCA